GACCACCACCCAAACGGACGACACUCUACGCCUUGACGACGAUGGCACGGCCUGGCAUAAAGUGAGAUGCGAUGGCUAUGGCCUGGGCGUUGCGCCAUUGGCAAUUCCCUCUCUUACUCAGGAGGUUUAAGUAUCCCCCAACCGUCGCUAUUCUUCAAGAGGGAGUUUAAGGGUGUAAGUGUGGGCAAAGUCGACGUUCAACUUCAACUCCCAGGAAAGCGCUUGUACAGAAACGAACAGCCAAGAUGUGGUGCGACUGCUGUUGCAUCGUCCUCCCUCUCCGCCUGGGCGCAAUCAUCCUCUCUUCCCUCAUGCUAAUCUACCAAACCAUCGGCCUCUACCUCCUUCACACCUACUCCUCCAUCCUCCCCUUCUCCACCUACGAAACCUACUUUUACCUCGCCACCUCCGCUCUGCAACUCCUCACAACCUUCCUCUCGCUCGUCGCGCUCGGGAUUCGGUCGUGGGUGUUGACAAGGAUGGCGUGUUGGACGUGGUUGCCGUUGUUGUUGUUGGGUGGGGUCCGGGGUGGGGUUAUGGCGUAUAGGUUGCAGAAGGGGGUGUAUAGUGUUGAGUGGGUGUGUAACCAAAACGCUACAUCUACGCUCACUGCCAAUUCGUCGUACAUCACCAACACCACCACUGGGAUCGAGAGUAAGAUAUGUGCGGUGGGGGCACAGGCGGUUGUGGAGUAUGCUGCGAUCGCAUUGGUUGUGGAUUAUGUCCUGAUGUGUUAUUUGGCGUUUUUGGUGUGGAGGUAUCGGGCGUAUCUGUUGACGUUGGCGAGGUUUCCGAAGAUUGAUUAUGCCUCGUUGUAUACGUGAGGAGGAGGGAUGCUCUUUGUCGAUAUCGAUGUUGGAGAAGGGAAUGGCAGGGGUGUGGGAACUUUCAGUGAAGCCGGAAUUGACAGGCGGAGUGUCAGACGACACGGACGAUACUGAUGAAGAAUAUUGCUAUCAAAUUCAAUCAAAUCCUUACUCAAG